AUGACAUCCGACAGAAAACGCCAAAAGGUCGAAGAACCUCGAUAUACGCAAGGGCCUCUAGAUGAAGAUUUCGGUCAGCAUCGUGCAUUUCCCUUGGAUGCUGCUCCAGAUGACGGUGAAGAUUCCCAAGUGUACCAAUACUUAAGCUCAGUAAGGAAAGAAGCAGAAGCAGACCAAGGGUUUCAUUACGUGGAAAGAUCCAAAACAGUAAAGAAGGAGUCAGAAGCAUCUGAUGAGUCAAUUGUGCCUCAGGAAGUGAUUGAUGAGAUUAUGAAAAGCUUUGAUGCUCUGAAGAAGGCAAGAGAUGAACGUCUAGAAGAGCAGGAGGAGGAGGAUACAGAAGAAGCUGAAUUCGCUGUUCCUGAAUCAGCGGCAGAGUGGAGAAAGAAGAUCUUUUCUGAACAACCAGAUGCUCAGUUCUUGGAGUUCCUUGAGCAUACCACAAUCAUCAAGCUUAUCGUAUACUACACGAAAUGGCUUCUGAUCAACAUGCCUGAGCAAUUAGGCAAAUGGAUCUUCACAACUUUCCUUCGUCUAGAUCGAGAUCUAGAUCACAAGGAGACUGCUAUAGUCCGUGACUUGGGCAAGAAAGCCGUCAAACUACGAGCCAAGGUUGAAGAAGCCGAGGACGUCUCACCAAUUCCAAAGCACAUAAUUGAUAUGACUCUAGUGAUUGUCGGCAUUCACUUUCGCCAACGGGAUCUUCUCAAGAAAGACUUCUCCUUGUGA